AUGAAGCUUCCAGGAGGCACACGGGCUCCCCCUGGGUCCUGUGGCUCCUCCUUCCUGCACCUGCCUGGGCGGAUGGACGCACUGCCCAGGGAUCCCAUCUCCUGGAAGGAGUGCUCCUCCAGCCGAGCGCUGACCUCGCAGGGUUCCACGUCCUGUGUCACAGUGGAUUGUGUGACCAGCACUGCAACCCAGACGCAGAACCAUCCCCUGCACGAGGACAACCCUGCACUGCCCCGCGGAGCCACCUCAUCCCCACCCCCACCUCGGCCCCUCACCCCUGUGGGCCGCUGGUUCAAGGUGACGCUGGGGGAAGCCUGUGAUGGCCCCGUCGGCCUGCGUCCGUGGCCUGGUGCAGAGGUGCUGGUCCCCAGGCACGGAGGAGCAGGGCCACUGUCCACGCCGUCCAGGCCUCUGCUGAGUCGGAGCAGAGCCAGCGGGCCCUGCCCCGCUCUCCCACCCCGCUCCUGUGGGGAUCCUGCAGGGUCAGCCAGGGGCCGGGGCGGCCUGCAGAGGCUUGUGACCCGGGUCAGCUCCUCCGCCGUCCAGGAUAAAGUCAGCGGGGAGGCCGCUGGUCCUGAGCGUCUGAUCACCCCUGCGAGGUGGACAGACGGCCCCACCCUGUGCUGUCUCACGGGCCGUCCCAGCUACCAGAGCCCACGUCCAGGGCUGUCUUCAGGCACAGGCACAGAUGGUCUCCACCCGCUGACCAGCCCGCGGUACAAGUUCAACUUCAUCGCCGACGUGGUGGAGAAGAUCGCGCCAGCCGUGGUCCACAUCGAGCUCUUCCUGAGGUGCCCACGAGUGUGCGGGCCUGGCCCACCUUGGAGCCGCCCGGUGGCCUUGCUGCUGUCUGAGGGGCAGUUUCUGCACCUUGCAGAAGCCCUUGUGCCCCUGAGAUUCUCUGUUCCGUGGCUCCAGCUUGGGUCUGGCGCUGUCCUGGCCCUGGUCCAUGCGGGGGCCUGGCUCGGCCUCAUGGGGCCCUCCCUGUACAGCUGUCCCCGGCUUCCCUGGGACCACCUGAGCCUCCCUCUCUUCUCCCCGUCCCCCCAGAAAAAGCUCCCUGUGUUGCUGCUGGGUCACUCGGCAGACCUGCGGCCUGGCGAGUUUGUGGUGGCCAUUGGCAGUCCCUUCGCCCUACAGAACACUGUGACGACGGGCAUCGUCAGCACUGCCCAGCGGGACGGCAGGGAGCUGGGCCUCCGGGACUCAGACAUGGACUACGUCCAGACAGACGCCAUCAUCAACUACGGGAACUCCGGGGGACCCCUGGUGAACCUGGAUGGUGAGGUCAUUGGCAUCAACACGCUCAAGGUGGCAGCUGGCAUCUCCUUUGCCAUCCCCUCGGACCGCAUCACGCGCUUCCUGUCAGAGUUCCAGGACAAGCACAUCAAAGGCUGGAAGAAGCGGUUCAUCGGCAUUCGGAUGCGGACCAUCACUCCCAGUUUGGUGGAGGAACUCAAGGCUGGCGACCCCGACUUCCCGUCGGUCAGCAGUGGGAUUUAUGUGCAGGAGGUUGUUCCAAAUUCGCCUUCUCAGAGAGGGGGAAUCCAAGAUGGCGACAUCAUCGUCAAGGUCAACGGGCGCCCGCUGGUGGACUCGAGUGAGCUGCAGGAGGCCAUCAUGAAAGAGUCUCCGCUCCUGCUGGAGGUGCAGCGGGGCAACGAUGACCUCCUGUUCAGCAUUGUGCCCGAGGUGGUCGUGUGAGGGGCCACCCUCCAGCAUCAAGCGCCAGGUCAGACCCUGCAGAUGACAGGGAGAAAGCCUCUCCAGGACCCGGACGGAGGACCUGUGGUCCUCAGCAGGGAGGACGCCACAGCCUCCCGGCGUCCCGAGGCAGAGUCCCAGGCUGGGCCUGGCUGGAGGACCAGAUCUCAGCCUUGAUCCCAAAUCCCAGCACCACAUGGGAAGUCCCAUGCUCCCCUGGUGCACCUGCUCUUGAAGGUCACCUUCCAAGUUCUCUGGAACCUAUAAAACUCCUGCAGUUCCUGAAGUCUACCCUCUUCCUCAGCUUCCUGCCUCUGCACCUGUCCAUCCCUCUGUCUGCAAUGUCCCCCUUGUCCCACUCACCACCCACUUCAGGUCCCAGCUCCCACGUCUGCUCCUCCCUCGUGAGCACCUCCCUCACCCUGUUGUCCAGUUUCCUUCUGCUGCAGUGCCCCCCCCAUGGUAUGACAGGGGCUGCCCGCCCUGCCACCUAGACUCCCCAAAGGGCAGGCUGUGCCCAUGACCCCUGGCAGGGUCAGGGUCCAACAGGGACUGGCCUGGAGCAGGUGCCAGUGAACAACCCUCUGCUGAGCCGAGCCCUGCACUGGCCACGAGGUGCACCCUCCCAGGAGCACAGGGAGCAGCAGGGAGCAGAGCGUGAUGCACACACUCAGCUGCUGCCUGGAGAAGUUCAGCCCCAGGUGGCCCAGGGGAGAGCCGCCCGCCCGAGUGCAGGACUGAGCCGGCCCCGCCUUGCCCACAGAGCCUGCUGGAAGCAGCGGGCUCUGGUGGACACCUCCUCCCGUGUGUCCCUCCGGGUGUGUCUUGAGCUUCGCUGCACAGCUGCCCGCCCCCUGUGUGUUUCUCUACUGUACGGAAAUUAAAGUUUACAAGCACAGA